AGCUCCUUCCGACCAGAUGCUACAAAUAUCUUGCUCUAUUCUAAACUUCACUAAGCCUGCAGGAUUCUUGCAAAUUAUGGGAACAGUCGACUUUACUAACGAUAAUGCGAUCAAUGCGAUUGUGAAUCGGGUGUACACCGCACGCAAAGACAACGAAAUAAUAAUCACGAGCAAUGUCGGUAACGGAGACUGGAUUCAGUGCAAGUGGACAACAACACAACGAAAGAACACGACAGAUUUCAAACUUUGUCGUGAUGAAGUGGCCACAUCAUCUAGUGGGACCAUUCAGCCCUUAGUGGGGGAUACAGGACCGAAAAGGGAUUGCUACUUCUCCAUCCAAACGACUUCUUCCGACCAACAGAUUCAAAUGUCUUGCUCAGUCGUCAACCUUACUUCCAGUGUUUUAAAUAUCUACGGAGCUGUUGACUACCCUUUGAAACUUGUACUGAACAGGAUUUACACUUCAUCAUCCUAUUCUAAUCGAAUUUCUUUGGCUUCUGAAAUCGAAUAUGACGACUGGAUUGAUUGCAAGUGGAACAUAACGACCGUGGAGAACACAACGGAUUAUAAAUUUUGCCGCGACAUUGUGGCUAGAACGGCCAAUGGAACCAUUCAACCCCUAACUGGUGAUCCAGGGCCAUUAAGAGAAUGCUCUUUCUCGAUCUACGCACCUCCUGAUCAGCAAAUUCAGAUUUCUUGCUCUACUCUCAAUCUUACUAGCCCUGGGAGUUAUCUCAGAAUGUACGGAAUAAUCGACAUAGCAAACCCACCCGUAUUGAACAGAGUUUAUUAUUCAUCGUAUUCACCGUAUUAUCUAAACCGAAUUCAACUUCAAUCUGGAAUUAAUGAAGAAGAUUGGAUUGACUGCAAUUGGACGACAAUACCUGAGGAGAUAACACCAAAUUCAAAACUUUGUCGCCACCAACGCGCAACAAUGCCCAACGGAACCAUCACGCCAUUAGAAAUGACAUUGGGAGAGCCAAAAAGAGAAUGCGAAUUCAACAUCAAAGCAAAUUUGGAUCAACAAAUCCAGUUUUCUUGCUCUACCCUCCUCCUCAGUUCUGGAAGUUAUUUGAAUUUAUACGGAGUGAUUGGACAAUCAGAAACUGAUUCUGCAGUUAUAUUAAAUCGGGUCUAUUAUUCAACACGUAAGAACGAUUUGCGUCUGAGUUCUAAAGUCGGCAGCUCAGACACGUUUAACUGCACAUGGACGACGAUAACCUUGCUGCUGAAAACAUCCCAAUUCAAACGUAUUGAUUCAUUUAUCAAUUGAAAAUUAAUUUCAGAUGGCUUCAUCGCACGUGAAUAUUAAUGAUGUCAACAUUUCCUAUUUUGCACUUGAAACUUUUUAACUUUCAAUUUUGGGUUUGGCUUAUAAUCUACAUAUGUUAUUACUUUAAAUUUUAAAUCAAUAAAAGAACAUGGGUUAUCUCUUCGUGCUGUAAUCAUUAAAACCCCGUAGGGAUCAUUAAUCAAGCACGUUGCUAUGCAAAUUUCCUUUCGACGCCGCAGCCGUUCCAAAAAACGUAAACAAAUUUGUUGUUCAAAACAACGUGCGACAUAGUCUGUUGCUACAUUGGUAAGGCAGAAAACCCAAUGACAUGGGACCCAAUAAACAGUUCACUCGUCCAUCCUAUCAGCCCUGCAGAUUUUGACGUUAUCGACUUUCCACAUCACCAGUCUCACCCUAGAGGAGCUACUGGAACAGCUAAGCAACAAUUACGUAAGCAAACAGUCUAUCAUUAACCGCCCCAAAAGCCAACCCAGAAUUAUUAUUUUUCUACUCUGAUCGUUACCCACAAAUUUCAAGGUCGAAAAUCCCAAAAGUUAUCCAAGAUAAAGUCAACCAUCUUGAGGGCGUAAUAGCCCAAAUGGAAGGUGAAAUAUAGCCGGAUAGACGGAUCGAUUUGAAUAAUAAAGGGGACUUUGUCUGACUUUGCAGAUCAUGUAGUAAUCACACGUCGAUGGCCGAGACAAACGUUUUGGGCUGGACAGCUGGUCGAGGAAGACAUAAUUUACCAACUGCCAAUUCGUUUUUUGGUUAGUUAUCUCCCCAUGACAAUUUAAACAAAUCGAAUCGACAUUCCUAGAAUAUGAUUUGUUACAGGUUACUAAGGUCGUAGUACUCCAAACUCUGCUGUUCGAGAUAUGUGAGGGUUAUAACAGGUUCACGCAGUCUUCUU